CCGAAUACAGUCUCCCUGAAACUUGCAUGAAUAGAGUCUUGCAGUCAGUAGGAGGGAUGCUACCGCGAGAUCAUACCCUUCCCGAUUCAUAUUACCACAUGAAGCAGUUAAUGUCUAAGUUGGGGCUACCUUGUGUUGAAAUUGAUGCGUGCCCGGAAGGAUGUAUGUUGUUCUGGAAGGAGGAUGAGGCAGUUGAGUUCUGCAAGUUCUGUGGUGGAGACAGAUACAAACCUGUUCGUCAAGGUAAAAAGAAACCACGACAUAGGUCUGCACUGUCUAAACUGUAUUACCUCCCAAUAGCUCCUCGACUGCAAAGGAUGUACGCUUCGACUGCUACUGCGAAACACAUGACAUGGCAUGUUGAGCACGAAACCAACGAGGGUAUGAUGGCUCACCCUUCGGACUGUGAAGCCUGGAGACACUUUGACCGUUGUCAUCCUCAGUUUGCUAUGGAGCCACGAAAUGUGCGGCUGGGAUUGUGCUCAGAUGGAUUUGCUCCUUUUGGCAGGCUUGGCAAGAACUAUUCAUGUUGGCCGGUCAUGUUAACACCUUACAAUCUCCCUCCCGACAUGUGCAUGAAAAGUCAUUUAAUCUUUUUGUCUUUAAUUUGUCCGGGUUCCAAGGAUCCUGGGCGAAAGAUAGACAUUUAUCUUCAACCCCUUAUUGAGGAGAUGAAAGAAUUGUGGGCCGUUGGGACACCAACUUAUGAUGUUUCAUCAGAUAAAAUGUUUAUCAUGAAAGCUGCCAUCAUUUGGACCAUUAGCGACUUCCCUGCCUAUGGCAUGCUUUCGGGAUGGAGCACACACGGUCUGAUGGGAUGUCCGAUAUGCAUGGAGAAAUCAGGUGCCAACUGGCUCAGUUACAGCAAAAAAGGAAGUUACUUUGAUUGUCACCGCAAGUUUCUCCCGGAAAGGCACCGAUAUCGAAAGGACAAGAAGUCUUUCUUUUUUUUUUUUUUUUUUUUUUUUAGAAAAGAGAAUUUUAUUGAUAGAAGAAAAUAGUACAAGGACAAGAAGUCUUUCAUUAGAGGCAGAGCGGUACGAGAGAGCCCACCCCCGAGAUUGACCGGUGAAGAAAUUUAUAACCGGGUUCGACGUUUUCCUACGGCUAUGGAAGAGCCAAACCAAGAGCCAUAUGGGUAUUGUGAUACCCAUAAGUGGACAAAGAGGAGCAUAUUCUGGGAGUUGCCUUAUUGGAAAGACCUUCUCAUCCGUCACAAUUUAGAUGUCAUGCACACCGAGAAGAACGUCUUUGACAAUAUAUUUAACACGGUGAUGGAUUUGAAAGGCAAAACUAAAGACGGUCUUGCAGCUAUGAAAGAUAUGACUAUUUGGUGUGAUAGACCCGAACUUUCUGUUGAUCUAGAAUAUCAGGGCAAGGAAGUUCCAAAAGCAGUCUACCAGGUCACAGAACCACAAAAGGCAGCAAUAUUAAAAUGGCUUGCGUCUCAGAAGUUUCCAGAUGGCUACUGCUCCAACUUGUCUAGAUGCGUAGACAUGAACAAACUUACCACGACGACGAGCAUGAAAACUCACGAUGCUCAUGUAAUAAUGCAAAGACUUCUACCAAUUGCACUAAAAGAGAUGCUCCCUGAACACGUAUGGUCCUGCAUUACUGAAAUCAGUUUGUUGUUUCAAUCGAUAUGUUCCAGCGUUUUGGAUGUGGCAUCCCUCCGGAGACUACAAGAGUCUGUUCCCAUUCUGAUGUGUAAUCUGGAAAAAAUAAUGCCACCAUCGUUUUUCGAUACAAUGGAACAUCUCAUAAUACAUCUUCCGUAUGAGGCUUUGACUGCUGGGCCCGUCUUCUAUAGGUGGAUGUACAGAUUUGAAAGAUUUCUAGGAGAGCUGAAAAAGAAAGUGACCAACAAGGCACACGUUGAGGCUUCAAUUUGUCAAGCGUAUCUUCAACAAGAAAUCUCAACGUUCUCGUCUUUUUUUACUUCGAGCGUGAGGUCAUCACCAGAAGGAAGAGACCUGCCCGGAACGAUGACAUUGGCGAGGAUUUAUAUGAAAAUGUAGUUUCCAUCUUCAAUUACCCAGGCAGAGGUAAAGGUGCUGCGACACAACGAUACAUCCUGGGUGGGGAAUUGCAAAUUGCGCAUACGUAUAUCCUCAUGAAUUGUCCAGAAAUCUCACCGUUUUAUCAUGAAUUCCGAGCUUCUUUAUCAGCCUUUCCUGAGAAUGAAAUUGAUGCGUUGGUGGACUCUGAUUUUGUAAAUUGGUACAAGUAUCAGAUCAAUAGUCGUGGGAUUGUCGACCCUUUGUUAGUAUCAUUAGCGUGGGGCCCAGGUGCCAGUGCCAAAGUGUGGCGGCAAUAUGUGAUAAACGGUUACACAUAUCACACAGCCGAUUACGGAGAGGGGCCGACCAACAACGAACAGCGGGUUAUGUGUCCCGACCAUCGGUUAUGAUAACUCGGAAACCAAUUUUUUUGGUGUCCUGCAGGAGAUUAUGGAACUUGAGAUGCCUUCUAGUGCGAAAAAAAUGACAUGCGUUCUGUUCCGCUGCACAUGGGUUGAUCCCACACGUGGCGUGCGAAAAAAUCCGAAGUAUAAUAUGAUUGACGUCAACCACUCUCGUGUGUACCCGAAAAAUGAGCCUUUCAUACUCGCCCAACAAGCAGCGCAGAUUUAUUAUGCAGAAUAUCCUACAACAAGGCGGACCCAGAAUCCUUGGGUGUGUGCAUGUCCUGUCCGUCCGAACAAAAUUAAAUCACAAACUCAACACAAGGACGUUGAUCUAGAUGCUUUUCAGCAACAAUUUUUCCAACCUCCGCCUAUUGUUGAGAUGGUCAACUAUAACGUCCAAUUAAGUGAUCCAAAUGGCGGACGUGUUGAAGUCAUGCCAGAAACGCACCUUCCGGACCUAACCAUUCCAUCUGAGCGCGAAAUUGAGGAAAUGUAUGUAGCACAACAAAAUGCUCAAUAUCAUGAAGAAGGUGAAUGGAUAGACGGUUCAG